AUGUCCGCCCCGCAGGGAAUACUCAUAACCGCCGGCAAGGUCCAUGUCCCGUUCAAGACCGAGCUGCUCGGCACGCUCGGGUCAGACAAGUUCGCAAAGCGAGCUCCCCAUCUCGUCGGUAUUCUCGCGACCAAGAAGGAGGACGCGAGGACAUACGCCGAGUUCACCAAGAAAGCGUGCGAGUCUAUCGGUAUCAACUUUGAGCUCCGGCUGGUCGGAGAGGCAAGGGAAGGUAUGGACGGCGAGGGUGUGGGAAUAGACGUCGAAGAAGCCAUUCUCGAGGCGAACGACGAUGAUGAUGUUGACGGAAUGAUGGUCUACUAUCCUAUCUAUGGUGGUCGGCAAGACCAAUACCUCCAGUCCGUCGUCUCACCAUACAAGGACGUCGAAGGACUGAACCACCAGUUCCUAUUCAACCUUUAUCACAAUGUCCGCUUCAUCAACCCCCUCACCCUCCGCCCCAUCCCCGCUUCGCACCUCCCGCAACCACUCAAGCCCUCCCCAUCCGACGGCGACUCCGCCCCAUCCGGGACAGUCAAGAGUAUCCUCCCAUGUACACCAUUGGCCAUUGUCAAAGUACUGGAACAUAUCGGCGUCUACAACAAGAUGCUGGAGUAUGGGGAUAGGGCGAGAGGAAAGGUGAUCACUGUCAUUAACAGGUCGGAAGUCGUCGGUCGACCAUUAGCUGCUCUGCUGGCAAACGACGGCGCCAGAGUUCUCAGCGUCGACAUUGACUCCAUCGUCGAGUUCUCCAAACGUCCCUCCGUCCCCGCCCCCUCCUCCCCUAAAGACUCCACCACCCCCGGCCCUACCGCCGCCAUCUCACCCACCGCCCCUGCUCCCGCACUCUCCAGCUCCAAAUUCAACCCACACCACAUCAUCACCCCACUUCCCGCUUCGACGACGCUCGAGGACUGCCUUCGCAUAUCUGACGUGGUCAUCUCGGCUGUACCGUCCCAGAAAUACAAGGUACCCACGCGAUUCCUGAAAGAUGGGGCUAUUUGCGUGAGCGUGGCGGCAGAGCGCAACUUUGAGGCUGAUGUGCGGGAUCGAGCCGGUAUCUACGUGCCGAGCGUGGGUAUGAUGACCAUUGCGAUGCUCCAGCGGAAUUUGCUGAGACUGUGCACUUUCAAAGACGAGGCGAAGAAGCUUUCGUCGGCGGCAUGA